AUGGAUAAUAGUGAUGAAAUCGAGUUGGUCAGUGACAAUCCGCAGGGUCAGUCAGUUGAGCAAGAGUCGGAGGAAAUAAGAAAAUUGAGACAACAACUGUCAGAUGUAUAUCAAGCUUGGGUUUCCGGUCGACCUCCACCCCAGGGUCCUUCAGAGGGAACUUCCACCAUACCCCAGGCUACUCAAACACCGCUCCAUGCAACGAGCGAUCCCAUUCUACCACCAGGGUAUGUGCCAAACUACAGCCUCCAUGCUGCCCCCGGUACCUCUAAUAUGCGACCUCCAGUCGCACCGGUUAGGAACACCCCUCUCGUCGUGUCUGGCGCACCGGUAUAUACAAUCCCGCCGCCACCACCUGUGACGAGGCCAAACAAUGAGCCACCAUCUCAUGCUUAUGAUGGCCAAUACUAUUCUCCAAAUAUGGCUUUUGGGGUCUCGGCUCCAUACAAUCAGACUCCUCGGUACGAAUCACCAGUGGAAAAUGAAAAGCCUGCCACGACUGUUGAGCCAGAUGAGAUGUACAACAUUGAUAUUGCGCCGGAUCGUAAUUCCUUGUCCAAUGUGAAGAAAAAGCCGACGAAAAGUUUUAGGGAGUAUGCCAUCAAGUGGAGGGAGCAAGCGACUAGAGUUAAGCCACCCAUGGAUAACCACGAGUUGAUCACUAUUUUUCUGGAGGCUCAAGAGCCUGAUUACUUUCAGAACAUGAUGUCCGCGAUGGGUAGAACUUUUGCAGAAGCAAUCAAAAUAGGGGAGACGGUCGAAAAUAGCCUCAAGACUGGCAGAAUUGUAAGUCAAGUUGCUCUCAAAGUUACCACCCAAGCUAUCCAAAAUGGGUCGAGAGGUACGGGCACCAGCUCCAAGGGCCCCCCGACCUCAGCAGCAAAUUCUCGGGCACCCUACAAUGCUCGUCCCAGGCAGGAUUAUGGUCGAGAGCAGAGGCUGGCAGAAAAAUUCACUCCAUUGGCGGAAUCAUAUUCUAGUCUAUUCCAGAAGCUGAAGCAAAUGGGCGUAAUUGGACCCAUCGCUCCCCACCAUAUGCAUCUCGAUUUGCAUGGAUUUCAAGCAAAUGCUAGAUGUGAAUAUCAUUCUGGUGCCCUAGGGCAUAGCACUGAUGACUAUUGGACUCUGAAAAGAGCCAUAGAGAGACUCAUUUCUGAAAAACUGAUUGUAGUGACGAAUGGCGAGGACCUUCCUAACGUGACAAACAACCCGUUGCCAGCACACAAUGAUGUUCAUUUUGUGGGAAUGAUUGACCGAGACCAAGAAUAUAAGCCGGUCGGUCGAGCAGAAAUGAUAGUGGGUGCAAUUCAAGAAGGAGCGGGUCUGGAAGUAAUCCCCAGCCGAGAUGUGCCAUUGAUUGUGAAAGGCGCCCAAAGCUCAAAUAAGGCGACUUUAUUUGUUCCAAAGAUCUCAAGGUUGGAAGUUCACUCCAUUGUUCCAAGCCCAAGGUUAUAUGUACUUGGAGGCCACCCCAUCAAAAGGGAGAAGCAGGGAGGUACGAAAGGUAUAACAGAGUCGAUCGUAAUCAAACCUGCCAUGCAACCCCCUGUAACCAACACAAAAACCACUCCUUGGAACUACAACAAAACUGUGAUGACCUACAAAGGCAAGGAAAUCAUAAAGGAAGUGGGGGAAACUGGAGGUUUGACUCGAUCAAGGAGAUGUUACUCUCCAGAAGAGUUGAGAAAGGCCAAGCAAAUUAGAGAAGGCCAUUUUCCAAUAAAGAAACCAGUCACUGAAGCAGAUGCGGAAGAGUUUUUGAAAAAGAUGAAAGUUCAUGAUUACUCAAUCAUUGACCAGCUAAGAAAGACUCCCGCCCAAAUCUCUCUACUAUCUCUGCUCCUACAUUCCAAAGAGCAUGCCCGUGUACUAAUCAAGGUCCUGAACGAGGCACAUAUCUCAGAGGAGACCACAGUGAAUCAGUUAGAGAAGACGGCCAACAGAUUUUUCGAGGUGAACAGAAUCUCCUUUACUGAUGAUGAACUUCCCGAGGAGGGAGCCAGGCACAAUAGAGCUUUGAACUUGAUGGUCAAAUGUGAGGGUCAUUAUCUAAAGCGAGUCAUGGUUGAUGGAGGCUCAAGUGUAGAUGUAUUCCCUCUCUCUACCUUACAAAGCAUGAAGAUCGAUACAGACAGAAUCCGACCCAGCAAUGUUCGCAUCCGGGCUUUUGAUGGCUCAGCAAGAGAUACCAUUGGGGAGAUCAACCUCACCAUGACGAUUGGGCCAGUUGACUUUGAGAUUGUCUUCCAAGUAGUGGACAUGGCCACUUCUUAUAACUUUCUUCUUGGAAGGCUAUGGAUCCAUACGGCCCGAGCUGUGCCAUCCACCUUGCAUUAG